UUCAGCAUGGAAACUCCAGUGGCUAGAUGUGCUGUUACUUGGCACUUGGGAGUUAGCUGAGUGAUUUGAUUCAUCGAUUCAAGUCUCUUGUCUCGACCGUGUGUGUAGUAGUAGUAACAAUAAUGGAGACUUGAUUGAUUUGUUGUGUUGUUUCAUUCAUCCACGAAUCAACUCGGAAUCAACAAUGAGAACAUUGAGUCGAUUGCUAUUUGCUUUGUGUCUUUGAUGGUGGGCCUAUUUCACGUGCUGUCGGUACUAAAAGACUAUACUUGAUGUCAGUCUGCUAACCAUGAGUGAGACUUUUCUUUGGCGUUUGCAGCGUCUGCUGCAUGGACGUGGUAACUCGACAGAAGAGUGUGUCCACGACAUAGAUCAUUAUAUGUUCUAUAGAUUCUCGAUUAUUCCCGCAGUAGUCAUCUCCAUUUUACUGGCAGCAACAAGCACAAGAAGAAAAUUACUUUCAAAUUUCAUGGGUGGUCGCCCUGGACUGAUCUUCCCUAUGGACACAAUGACUCGCUCAGCGAGAUUCUCGUACAGCUGCGCCUUCGGGGCCAUGGCCUUCCUCGUCUACCUGAUAUUGAAAGAGCACAAGUUUGCCUUCGAGUACAAUGGGCCAGUGGCUCUGAAGACCCUGAUUGCAGUACUAUCCAUGUUUAUCUAUGGGAUGGUUUACUUUCCUGUGUUCGCGAGUCUUGCCUUAGCCACUGCGUUUUCUUACCUAAUUGGCUCCUUGUACACCUGGAUGUUUCUUGUGGUUGAUGUCUACAAGCUGACCGAGUGUAGUUUUAACGUGACAGGUCGUGUGGUCCUUCUUGUCCACGCUCUGCCCAGAUUGCUCUGCCUGGCAUACCUUAGCGUCUCUCUGCCCUUCAGAUUCAUUAGGGCCUGCAAAAAGCAAAACUUCAUUUUGCCCACUUUGGGAGAAGCGCCUUACUGCGAGACUUUAGAAACAAUCAAAGACUCUUACCAAGGGAAACAUGUCAGGAGGUUGCUACGGAAACCUGAUGUUGAAAACGAAGCGAAAGGAAUGGUAGCCAACUUAAAAUUGACGCUGUCAAAUCUAGCAGAUCAAUUCAUUUAUCAUAGACAAAGUGGUUUCAGGUUUCCAUCAAGAUUGUUGUCUGUCAUGUUUGCAUCAGCCUCUGUCAUAUACGUGGUGACAGUUGAGUUAUUGGCCUUGCUACUGCACUUGUACCAGCAAAUCAAAACUGUGGUAGCAGUCACACUGUACACCUCAACCUUCGUGCCAACCAACUUCAUGCCAACCACUUUCACAGAAAAACACUACCUUGCCACAUUGAUUGUCGGGGUUGUGAAAUGGUCCAUGAUUGUGUCAGUCAGUAUGGCAUGUGUCACAAGUUUCAUCAACAUCCUGUUUAUGUUGUCAUCCUUCAGAACAAAUCUAUACGCCCUUUACCGAGGUGAUUCCAGCCAAAUACCACCACCAUCAGCUCAGAAUGCAGCUUCUCUAUGUGUUGGCAGCAUCAAGUAUGCAGGUUUCCAAGUGGCUUAUAUAUUUUGGGCUUACGUUAUCAGCAUGUGCCUCUAUUUGGUGAUCUGUUUCUUCCUCUCGGCCAUCAUCCUCUCACUGCUGCACGGCUACUCGGAUUGGCUCCUUCAUGUUGUCUCACAAAUUUGGCCAAGUGUUCUUUCUGCGUUAGCUAUCAUGGUGCUUCAGAUGGUUCUUGCAAAAUGUAUUUUUUUGCAAGGCGACGGUCGGCAUCUGCGUCUAGACAACAGGAGAUUCUUUUUCAUCUUUACCUAUUUCAUGUUCUUCUUCAACAUCUUCUUGGGGCUUUUCUCGUGUCUUUUGAGAAUUUUGAAGGCAAUGGUGAUUGGAGUUAUGUUCCUUGCGAGGUUAGACUGCAGUACUCUGCCACGAAGAUUUGAAUUUUUUGAUCCAGGUUUUGCGGCCUACCAAGGUUAUAUCCACCUGGAAGUGGCCCACACCCACCCAGUCGUCAAUGUCUUUAUACGGCUCCUGGCAGCACUGAGCAGGUCAAGGUCAUUAUCACACACUGACCUGAACACAGAAGAUCUUAAAAUCCCAAUAUAUAGCCAACAUAAAGUGCUCCCCACAAAUGUGUCGGCCAGGUUUCAUUGGCAUGUGCUAUACACACUUCUACACAAUCCCACGAUCAGAAUCUACCGUAAAGGUUUCAUUCAGGCCAUGAAGAAAGCCAGGCUAGAAGGUCUGAAGGUACCUAUCAGUGACCAGCCCAUUACGGAGUUCGACUUGGUCAAACUGCAGGCUCAGAAGGAGCGUCUCAAGGAGUACGAAACCUUGAAAAGCAAAUCCGCUCAAUACAACCUUUUGAAAGGGGCCACGGACCUGACCGUUGGGAUCAGCGGUGUCCAGCAGAAGGUCGAGGUCAAGGUCCAAGGCAAAAAGAAAGAAAAACAUCGGAAGAGGCGGUUCCUAUUGUUCCGCAGGCAUAAGAAGCAGCACGCGGAGUCGUCGCUCAUCCACUCGCUGAGCGUGGACGAGAGAGACAACGAGGUGAAAAGUCUGCAGGAAGAAAACAUUGAAACCGUGAAGCCUGAGGGAGAACUGGGAACUCAGAUACAGAAACAAGAAACCAUUGUUAGAUUAAAUGACGAGACAUCCGCUAUUAACAUUUAAACAUUUGCUCACGACAACUUGCUGCUCAACACUGUAACAUAAGAAGAAACACUUCUUAAAGUAUGACAACUACAUGUUUAUGGAUUUACUUAAAAGCUAAAAAUAAACUAUAUAUCAAAGGAUUAUGUUCAUUCCCAUUUUAUUUCCUUUCGCUAUUCUGUAUGUCUUUGGCAUUAUGGAGCAUUCUGUGCCAUUAUGUUUUGCGCCCAUUUUCUGUAAAUUCUUCCUGCUCUUCCUUCAUAUUUGAUUUUUGAGACUUCGAUCGCAUUCGAUAAUCUACAAAGUAGCAUUUGCCUUUUUCUUUAAAUCUAUACUGAUGUACUUAAAGAUAUACGUUUAGAUUUCUGUAGUAUUGAAAAUGCAAUAGAUUUAAAAAAAAAAAAUGAUCUGGAUGUCAAUUACUGUUAGAACUUUGAUGUUACUGUGAUAUAUUUUGUGUUAUUGAGAAGAGAGAUGUAACAGUAGUGGUGACAGACUGACCAGUUGCUUCAUACAGACGUUUUGGAAUAAGUGAAAAUAACGCCGCAGCCUAUUAUCAUUCAUUUAAACUAAAAUUAUCUAAAAAAAGAAUAAUUUUAUUUUAAAGAUGGAUAAUCCUUAAUACUAGAAUACAAUGCUCAUGGGUGUUCAAUAAAUCUUGAAACAGCAAUAGGAGUACCUAGAGUUGAGAGACGCACCAAACAGGACGGAUAUUGAACGCGACGUACAGUGCGGCUUAUUCACAUUAGGGGUAAUGUGCAUCCAGAAUAAGCCACUAGUCACUACAUAACCAGCACAUCUCAAACAUCAAGUUACGGACAGAGGACUUUGAAUCCUUUAUUUGUUGUUAUUAAAACGUUGUUUUACUUUGUGGAGUUGAAUCUAUAGCUUUGUACACCCAGCAGCAGUCAGCUGUUUGAUUAUCUGCAUUAACGGAUGCCAGCAUCAUACAAUUUACUGACAGUUCGCUUCUGUAUCAAUUGUGAUACAUUGCAGUUGCAAAAGUAUAUUAAC